CCACUAGUUGUGAGAGAAUGGCGGUUAAUCAUAAUUGAUUAAAAUCGUGGUAUAAUCACAGUAAUUUUCACAUAUUAUUUAAUCUUUGGUUAAAUGCAAAUUACAGAACGUUCUGCAAUAUGUCCGGUAUAGAAUUUUUCAAAUGUAAACCGUUAUAUUAAAUAAAUUUAAUAUAUCAAAUACCGACUUAAAUUAUUUUAUGUUGAAUCGUUGGUCAAAAUCUUGUUUGAUAUUUUGGUUUAUAAAAGGUUAAGACCAUUAAAAUAUAAAAAUAUUUUAAUUAUGCUGGAAGAUAAAGAAACUGAAUUUGAAAAUCCUGGUAAAAGUGUUACAGUUCAAUGUGUUCAAUAUCUCAUCAUAAAGCAUUUGAAGUCCAAAAAUUUCAUUAAGAAAGAGGAAUUAAUAAAAACAAUAUUAAAAGGACGUAUUAGUUUGAAAAAUUAUGAGAGAGCAAUUGAAGACGUAGCUGCUACAUUAAGAAAUGUGUUUGGAUUAUCUAUUUCGUAUAUUAAAGAUGACUAUAAGCAAUUUAUUAUUACCAAUGAUAUAGAAAAUGUAAUAUGCAUCAAUCAAAAUAAUCCAUAUUCAAUGAAGUAUCGUAUUUUAUUGAAACCAAUUGUUACAUGUUUGGUUAUGCAACAUGCCCCAAUCAGUGAAGGACAAAUGUGGAACAUUGUAGAGCGUUUUGCGGUUGCCUUAAAUUUAGACAUUAACUAUAUUAAAAAAAUGAUAAAAGGGGAUUUUGUGAAAGAUCAGUAUUUACAGUAUAAUGCCACUGAUGAAACUACAAUUACACUUGAUCCGGAAAAAAUGAGUAACUGGUUUUCCCUAGGAACUAGAUCACUAUUAGAAUUUAAUCAAAAUAUUUUAUUGCAACAUGUUGGUGAAAUUUUGAACUUGCCUCCGCAAUCAUUCAAACGAGUAUAUGCUGCUAUUAAUAAAUAACAAAGUUGUAAGUUACUCUACAACAAAAACAUAAAAUAUACAUUUUAUUUUGAAUUGAUAAACUAAUAGAUUUUUCUAUAAAUAUACUUGUUUCAAAUUUAUUAUUUAAAAAAUUAUAUAUUAAAACACUACUAUUAUCUACUAUUAUUACUUCUUACCUAAAUUAUGACUCUUAAUUACAUUUUAUUAUAUUAAAUAAAUAAUUUAUUAUUGAAAUAUAAUAACGUUUGACUUUGUAUUAGUUUGACAAGUUUUAUGUAUAGAUGAAGAGAACACAAUUAUAAAUAAAAAAAAAGUUACAAAAAUUGACCUGUUGUAAGACUUAUACGUCAUACUGGAAUUCUAAUUGCAACAUGCUUGAUGCCUUAUUGUGCCAAACUUGAUCCCACUAUCUACGAGUGAUAGGUGAUAAUUGCCUUACAUUGAGGUUUUUGAUUGUUUCUUCAAUGUCAUACUGUCGAAGACCAACUACUUGGCGUGUCACCAAUUGUUGUGAUAACGUCCCAUCACAUAUUCUAUCGUUGGACCAAUGAAUUAUAUACAGAGUGA